AUGAGCAUGUACUCGCUUACCCUGCAACCCGCUGGAGUCAUCACCCACGCCAUUGUCGGCAACUUUGUCGCCAGCAGGCCGAAAGAGCAGCAAGUCGUCCUGGCUCAGGGUGAAAGACUGAGUCUGUUGACCAUUGACAAGGACACGGAUCACGUUCGCACCAUUCUCACGCACAACGCUUUCGGCAUCCUGCGCAACCUAUCGUCCUGCAGAGUCCCCGGUACUCCUCGCGACUUGAUCAUCGUCUCCUCAGAUUCCGGCCGUGUCUCGCUCCUUCAGUACGACGAUGAGAAGAACCGCUUCGAGCGCGUCCAUCUCGAGACUUUCGGCAAGUCGGGCGUCCGUCGAACCAUCCCCGGACAAUACCUCGCCUCAGACCCGCGCGGUCGAUGCUGCAUGUUCGCUUCGGUCGAGAAGAACAAGGUCGUCUACAUUCUCAACCGCAACUCGGAGCAGCAAGUCACCAUUUCCUCGCCCCAAGAAGUCAACCGUCCCCAGACUUUGACUUUCGACAUUUGCCCUGUCGACACAAACUUCCAGAACCCCGUCUUUGCCGCUCUCGAGGUCGACUACACAGACAGCGACCAGGACCCGACGAACGAAUCAUACGACAUCCGCGAAAAGCUCCUCGUCUACUACCGUGUCGAUCUCGGCUUGAAUCACGUUGUCCGCGAGUGGGCCGAUGCCGUCGAUUACUCUGCCAACAAGCUGUUCCCUGUCCCUGGUGGUGCCGAUGGUCCCAGUGGUGUCGUUGUUUGUUCAUUGGGACAGAUCACAUACAGACACCCCAUGCAAGAGCCCCACACACUGGUCAUCCCUCGUCGCAAGGGCGGUCUGGAGAACCCUGAUCGCGAGAGGCGCAUUGUUGCUGGUGUGGUACAUCGUUUCAAGGCUGGCUUCUUCCACUUGCUGCAGACUGAGGAUGGCGACUUGUUCAAGCUUACCAUGGAUUUGGUCGAGGAUGAUCAAGGUCGCAAGACUGGCGAAGUCGCGAGCAUUGAGCUUCGCUACUUUGAUACCUUCCCUAUUGCCUCGACCAUGUGUAUCUUGAAGUCUGGUUAUCUCUUCGUCGCAGCUGAAAACGGCGACAGCCACUUCUACCGCUUCCUCAACCUCGGCAUGAACAUUGACUCUCUCACAGACAGCACAUCCCAGGAAGUCUCAUAUUUCUUCCCUCACGACUAUGAUAACGUGGAUCAAUCAGCUACCGUCGCUAGUAUGCAUCCUCAGCGCAAGACCGUGGUGCAGGAUAUUACAGGUGGAGAUGAUUGGAAAAUCUAUACUACAGCAGGCACUGGUACUCGCAGCUCUUUCAAGGUUGUCAGCCACGGCCUGAGCGUCAGCGAACAGACGCGUGCUGAACUUCCCGAUCAACCCAACAAUCUCUGGGUGGUUUCGGACGAUCGCUUUUCAGAGGCAGAUAAGUACAUUGUACUUGGUUUCCGCGAUGCCACACUCUUCCUAGAGGUCGGUGAGAACACCCACGAAGUGUCUGACCACGGACUGCACAAGGAAGUCACCACUAUUCAUAUGGGUCUUAUGGGUGAUACUGGUAUUCUGCAGGUUUGGGACAGAGGCUUCCGUUUCUAUACAGGUCCUGACAGCCCGCAAGAAGACUGGAAGUGCCCUGCCCAUCGCACCAUCAUCAAGGCUACAAACAAUCACCAACAGUUGUGUCUGGCGCUCAGCUCCGGCGAGCUUCUGUACUUCGAGGUGUCACAAGACGGCAGAAGGAUUCAGGAGUAUGAGCAGGGUGCUGAUGUCUUGACUGUAUCAGGCGUCAUACAAGCCAUGAGCAUGGGUGACGUUCCCGAGGGUCGUGUAAGAGCGCCCUUCCUGGUCGUAGGAUGUGAUGACUCGACCAUUCGUGUCUACUCUCUUGACCCUGGUGGCGAGAUGCUUAAAUCUCAAUCCAUCCAGUCCCUCACAUCACCNCCUCGUUCCAUCGAAAUUCUACCUAUGGAAGACUCAACAGGCAUGACAACAUUCGUCCACGUUGGUCUGUUCUCUGGUCUCUACCUUCGUGCUGUCUUGGACGAUGUCACUGGCGAACUCGGCGAUGUGCGAUCACGUUUCCUUGGUGCUGACGAGGCUAAGCUCUAUCCAGUCGCUGUUAAUAACAGUCCUGCUGUGCUCGCUUGCGGUGCCAAGACCUUCCUCUCUUACCCUCACCCUGAAACCAAGGAGCUAUUGCUCACCCCUCUCGACUACCACUCAUUCAACUGCGCAAGCAUGCUAAGGUCCAAGGUCGCGGGUCGCAAGGGACAAACCUCUGUCAGACAAUCGAUCGUCGCAUUACGUGGAGCUGAGAUCUUCGUCUUCAGCAUCGGAGACACCUCCAACAACAUUCUCACAAAAUCAAUUCCCCUCAAACACACUCCUCGUGAUUUCUGUAGGCAUCCAGAAUACCGCUACUUCUCUGUCAUCCAAUCAGAUCAAAACGUACUUAGUAAGCAAGCCAGAGAGACGCUACUUGCCGACCCGACGAGAUCAGAAGAAGAGAAGAAACAGAUGGGUCCUAGCGAGCAGUUUGGCUGGCCACGGGGUCCUGGCUGGGCAUCGUGCAUUCAAGUUGUCGACCCAACAGCUGAGGAUGAGAAGGAUGGGAUUGCAUACACAGUUGAUCUGGACUCAAAUGAGGCUGCAUUAUGCUGUGAUAUGGUACCUUUCGAGAACCAAGACGGCGAAACCUUCCUACUUGUCGGUACCGGCAAGAACAUUCCCUCUGGAGCACCAACACCAAGUUCGCCCAAGUCUACUGGCUCAGUACAUGUCUAUCGAGUCUUAGAUCCUGGCAAUGAGCUUGAGCUGAUCCACAAGACCGAUUUCGACAAGCCGAUCCGUGCGUUGAUGCCCUUCCAGGGUCGUCUUGCGCUCGCUGUUGGCAACGAAGUCUUCCUCUACGAUCUUGGUAUGAAGGCUUUGUUGCGCAAGGCUCGCUGUCGUGUACCAGGCACUCAGAUCAUCGGUAUGAAGACGCAAGGCUCACGUAUCGUUGUUGGAGACGUGCAAGAAUCCGUCUGCUACGUCGUGUACAACCACAAGGACAACAAGCUCACACCUUUCGCUGACGACGUCAUCGCUCGCUGGACUACCUGCUUCACCAUGCUCGACUACGACACUGUGGCUGGAGGAGACAAGUUCGGAAACGUAUGGGCUGUGCGUUGCCCCAAGUCAGCGUCAGACGAAGCAGACGAACCUGGUGCCGCAUCCUUCCUUGCCAACGAGAAAGCAUACCUCGGCGGUACACCUCACCGUCUCGCACUCCAAUUCCACGACUUCGUACAAGAUAUCCCCAUGUCGAUGCAAAAGACAACACUGGUUCCUGGUGGCCAAGAAGUCAUCUUCUGGGCUGGUCUGCAAGGCACACUUGGUAUCUUUGUGCCAUUCAUGGACAGAGAAGACGUAGAUUUCUUUGGCAGUUUGGAACAACAUUUGCGCACCGAAGACCCACCGAUUUGCGGACGUGAUCAUCUCAUGUACAGAAGUUACUACAUUCCCGUCAAGGGAUGCAUCGAUGGCGAUCUCUGCGAAAGAUUCUUCUUGCUAAGCAGAGACAAGAAGGAGAGGAUUGCUGGUGACUUGGAUCGUACGGUUAGAGAAGUGGAAAAGAAGAUUGGCGAGAUGAGAACGAGGGUUGCGUUCUAA